AACAAGAAGGAAAAAGAAAGCUUCUUUAUUCAUUAUUCUAUUCUAGAUUUCCAUUGGUGCACAAAUCUGACCGUAACUAUCCAGUUAAUCUAAUCACACCAUCCAAACUCAAACCUCAUCACUGACGUUUCUUCUGUUAAAUCUCGCCCUUUGACCCUUCUAUAUAUAUAUCAGUCGUAAGUACGUUAUCCAGGGCGACCGGAGAGAUUUUAAGAGAUCGGAGAACAAUGGAAGCUGUUGUAGCCGCAAACCCGGUGAUCAAAGUGGCUGCCCUUUGUGGGUCUUUAAGGAAAGGUUCUUUUAACAGAGGCUUAAUUCGAACGGCUUUGGAGAUUAGUAAGGAGUCCAUUAAUGGGAUUCAAAUGGAAUACAUAGACAUUUCACCACUUCCAAUGCUCAACACAGAUCUGGAAGCUGAUGGGAAGUUUCCCCCUGUUGUUGAGGCUUUCAGGAAGAAGAUUUUGGAGUCUGAUAGCAUCCUUUUUGCCUCCCCGGAAUACAACUAUUCGGUUACUGCACCUCUGAAGAAUGCAAUUGACUGGGCUUCAAGACCACCAAAUGUAUGGGGAGAUAAAGCGGCUGCUAUCAUAAGCGCCGGAGGAGGCUUCGGUGGUGCUCGGUCGCAUUAUCAUCUUCGCCAAAUCGGGAUUUAUCUUGAUCUCCAUUUCAUCAAUAAACCCGAGUUUUACUUGAGCGCGUUUCAGCCUCCAGCAAAGUUUGAUAGCGAUGGCAACCUUAUCGAUCCAUCGUCGAAGGAGAAGAUAAAGGAAGUUCUUCUAUCCUUGCAAGCAUUUACCCUGCGUCUCCAAGGUAAAAACUAAGUAAACAAAUCUCCAUCUCGAUUGUUCCUUUGUUACUGUGGUGGAUUAGAAUUUUCUGUGGUUUUUGGAUUUCCUGUUGUAAUGGUGCAAUUUGAUGCACUAAUAACCAAAUGCUACUUGGACAAAGGAAAAAACAAAACUAUACACAUUUGGCCAGUCCAUUGUUUACA